CGUGUCUAAUUCCUCUAAUUCCUUUCUCGUUGCAGGUGCGAAUGGAGUGAUGUUGCAUGAGUAUGAACGACACCGGGCGGAGGCGGUGGAUACGGUGAUGGAAGCGCCCGCGCCUACGGCACCGGGGAUGGGGUGCGGGCGGGUGGGCGGGCGGAGGAGCCACGCCCGCAGCGCCUCCCACGGGGCAUUAUGAUCACCCACCAGCCUCAUCUGGAUCAGGGCCAUGCGGCGGGCACGAUGCCAGUGGGCGUGGGCGGGCUGGGCGGCCCUCCGACGAGCACCGGCGGCAGCGGAGGGGCGGGGCAGCGGCGGCGGCGGCGGGUACGUGAAGGGGCACCAGCGGGCGUUCUCGCACGGGCAGCUGGUGGAGGGCGGGCGGGGGCACCGGCGGGCGGGCUCGAGGACGGACUUCAUCCUGCCGGAGGGGCACGAGCAGCGCACGCGGGAGAGGGAGCAGCAGCAGCAGCACAAGAAGACGCUGAGCCGCUCGUCCUCGUUCCCGAAGGGCCACUCGCGCCAGGCCUCGCGCUCCGAGUCCAUCUACACCAUCCGCCAGCACAAGAGGACGCUCAAGCAGAAGAUCAUGUUCUGGAAGAAGGUCCCUGAGGAGUCGCGGACGCGCGUGGUGGUGGCCAACCACGUGGUUCCGCCGCACGUGUCGCGCGCUCAGCAUCCGAACGGCUCGUAUCCGGACAACCGCAUCUGCACCACAAAGUACACCAUCCUCUCCUUUCUGCCCAAGAACCUGUUCGAGCAGUUCCACAGGUUCGCCAAUCUGUACUUCCUGUUCAUCGUCCUGCUCAACUUCGUGCCGGCGGUGAAUGCCUUCGGGAAGGAGGUGGCGAUGCUGCCCCUCAUCUUCGUGCUGGGCAUCACCGCCAUCAAGGAUGCCUUCGAGGACCGCCGCAGAUGGCACUCGGACAACCGCGUCAACAAUGCCACCUGCCGCGUCUACAACAGGUGAGUACCCUGCCGCGUGCACAGCAGGUGUUGGCUUCGUUUAGCGGCGUCUUGAGGGCGUCGCGAGGGCGUCCGUCACGUCUUGAGGGCGUCGCUAGUUCCUGAAAGGUCGUUGGGAUGGGAGGACUUCUUCACUUAAAGUCGGGGUGGGUCGCCGGCGUGCGGGGGCGUCGGCAGGGCCCCCCUUUAUGCGGCGCUGUUUUGCGAUGUGGGCGACGGAAGGAAGAGGGGUUAGGUUUUCUUGGUGUGUUGCAUUCAAGCGUUCAAGCCUCCAGCACGUAAUAUUGCUCAAUCGCGCUCAACAUCCACUCACAUGUAUUUCUAUAACACACACACACACAUCGACGCUGAAAAGAUGAUGCUCCAACGCCAAAAAUCGGCAGACUUUUCACGGACACACUCGCACUGGCGUUUUAGUUCACACCGGAUUUCUCAAGCUUUGAAAGUCGAGUGAAACCGCGCGGCUGCUUUCUCAAAGGCCUUCGAGCUUCCGACGAGGAGAAGAGAAAGAGCGCUGUCGCCGCGCUCACAACCACAGCGCUCACAACCACAGCGCUCAGCGAGAGGGCCGUCUCCCCAGCCGUCCCUGGUGCAAGGCGGUGGCAUGCAUCUCGCUCGCUCCCCGUGCCUCCUCGCGACGGCUGCAGCUCGUUCCACCUUCGGGAGAGAACGAGGGGGGGAGGAUUUACGAUCGCCGAUACAGUCGAAGGCGCUCGUAACCUAGUUCUGCGUGUGUCUUUGGCCUCGGAGUGCGCGCGGGAGCUCGGGUUGCUUGAGGAUGAGUUGUUCAGGAAGUAGCAAGAAGGGCUUGUCGGGGACUUUGUUCUGGGAAUGGGGUUUGAUAAGGGUUAAAACGUUUGUGUCUAUUUGUAUCUGUAUUUUGUUUCUGUUUGGGAAUUGUAACCACAUGGAUAUCCAGUUGCUAUACGUGUAUGUGCAGGGCGUGUUCCAAUAGAGGUGUUAUUGGCAGAUCCUGCGUAGUUCAUGGAGUACGUCUUGUGUACACUUGACUACUUACCCAUAUGCUGUUAUCAUUCAUUAUCUACGUGGUCAAGGAUAAAGCAUACUUAAUUAAAUCCCAGAAUAAAAGUAUGAUGAUCAGGAAAUUCCACGUAAUACGCGUCAUUUUUUUCCAACAACAAUAAAGCAGAGGAAUUAAAACUGAUUGUUUCAGCGGCAGUGCAGCAUUUUUUUAAAAAUUUUGAAUACAGUAAUGAAAGCAUGUUGGGAGCUGCGGCUUUGGCGUGAAAGGCUAACAAAGGAGGGG